UUUUUGGUGAUCGCAAACCCCGGUUUAAAUAGUACUCGUUCAAAUUGCAAAACCACAUUAUCUCGUUCACCGUCGCCACUCGCCACUCGCCGUCACCCACCGCCACACCAUCAGCAUAGUUUAACUUCGCUGUCUCCACUGAAGCGCCGUCUUUUGGUCGUGUCCAGACAUUUAUCAUCACCUUGCCAUAAUGGACGAGGGACGUCAAAAGGACUUGCAGUUGUUGGAGGAAAUCAUCGAUAAAGGUCUUAAACAGAAGCUUCUACAAACAAUUGCUUCACGGGACAAGAUUUUUGAAGAGCAAAAAGAACUCUCUGACUUGCGGAAAAACCUAGAAACUCUGGAGAAAAAUGGUGUAAAUAGUCUCAAAACCAUGGUCAACCUCGGUUCAGAAGUUUACAUGCAAGCUGAAGUGCUAGAUACAAGGCACAUAUUCAUGGAUGUAGGGCUCGGUUUCUAUGUGGAGUUCACCCGGCAAGAAGCUCUUGACUAUAUUCCAAAAAGGGAGGAACUAGUUAAGAAACAAUUAGAAGAGGUAACUAAAGUUAUUGCGCAGAUCAAAGGGCGUAUCAAGCUGGCUCAUCACCAGAUUCAGCAAAUACUCAAUCUUCCCGACGAGAAUCCAUCGUCACAUCGGCAACGUGCGUUUCAGUACUAACCAUGAGAGAAAGAUACGCUAAUGAGGAUGACUAUUGCUCUGUUCAUUGGUUAUUCAAGGCUCUGCGCUGUCUUUCUUUGAUUUUUUUAAAGUUUAAGCGUGUGGAAAAGGAGAAUUAUCUUCAGUGUAAUACUACCAACAACUCUCCUCUCCACUAAACCGAAUUGUUUUGUUAGACAGACAUUAAUCUAAGAUUUUCAAAUGAC